AUGGUGCAGAUGUGGACGCUACGGAUACUUCUGCUUUUGGGGGGCGUGGUGGCGGAGCGUACCUGUCGCUUCAAUGACGUAGUGGAACAUCUGCAGCUGAAGAGGAACAGCGACUUCUUCUAUAUGAGCCGCCCGGUCAACGACUACCGACAGCCCACGCUGGUAACCGUGGAGAUGAGUCUGUACGCCAUCCUUGACGUGAUGGAGAAAGAGCAGAGGUUCCUCCCAUAUGUUUGGACAGUCAUGAAGUGGAAGAACGACUUCAUCUGGUGGAACAAAGAGGACUUCUGUGGUAUCAGCGAGGUGUCGGUUCCCAUAGAGGUUCUGUGGAAGCCGGACAUCUCCAUAGAAGAGAUGGUGGAGAAGGACAAGGCUCCUCACAGUCCUUUCCUCCUGAUCCGCUCAAACGGAGAAGUGGAGCUGCAGAGCGACCAGGUGCUGGUGAUCACCUGCCGCAUGAAGGUCUACAAGUUUCCCUUCGACACUCAGAGAUGCAACCUGUCCUUCAAGAGCAUCCUACACGAAGUGAAAGACAUUCAGCUGGUACCCAAAGCCUCCUCUCGAAAAGUCACUCUGAAGUCCAAAGAGGUGAUGAUGACGGAGUACGAGUGGCUCUUUGAGAAGAUCACAGUCAAGAACUUCACCACAUUUGAAAACCAGGACAAGGUUGUCUACACGGUGACCAUGAGGCGGCGCUCUCUGCUCUACGUGAUGAACUUCCUUCUCCCAGUGCUCUUCUUCCUGUGUCUGGACCUGGCCUCGUUCCUGAUCUCUCACGGAGCAGGAGAGAAACUCACCUUCAAAGUCACCGUUCUCCUCGCAGUCACGGUUCUUCAGCUGAUCCUCAACGAGAUCCUGCCCGCCUCUUCCAACCGCAUCCCCCUCAUCGCAAUCUACUGCAUCGGUAUCUUCGCCAUGAUGCUGUUGAGUUUGCUGGAGACCAUCGUAGUCAUGUACCUGAUGAAGAAGGACCUUCACCCAGAGACACCCAAGGAGGAGAAGGAGGAGGAGGAGGCUGGCUGUGUCACAGAGGACACCAGGGACCACAACAUGUUCAGCCACAUCUUCCACAGAGGUCAUAACCAUCACAGCUCGACUGGAGAGACGCAGUCUGGCCUCAUGGACGAGAUGCACUUCCACCAAAACACCGGCUACAGCACCCAGCUCACCCUCACCGACCCGUGUAAAGACCCGGACCAGGGGGACAAUCUGAAGGUGAUCCUGGACGAGCUGAGGAGAGUGGAGCAAGGUCUGCGUCACCUCAGAAAUCCUGACGCGGCCGGAUGCUGGACCAUCUUCGCCAAGAGGCUCAACAAGGUCUUCUUCACCGUCUAUGUCGCCGUGGUGACCGCAUUCUUGAUCUAUGUGUAUCUGGAGUGGGUGAAGUAA